AUACAUUUUUCUAAUCCAAAAAUUAUGUACGACCACGAGUUUGACGGCGCCGCCGCCUUCUCCGGCGGCGGCUUUAUGCCUCCUCCGGCUACCCAGACUGCAGACCCUUCACCCUCUGUGUUUACUAAGAAACGUGAGACGCUGCUACCAUUGACCGUCAACCAAAUCAAUAAAGCAUUGCUGUUAAAUGAUGAUAAAGUGAAUUUUCUCAUAGAUGGUGUUGAUGUAAACAAUGUUAAGUUGGUGGGGAUGGUGUUGAAUAAGGCUGAGGGAGUUAAUGACAUUCGGUUUGUACUCGAUGAUGGUACUGGCCGUAUUGACUGCCUCAAAUGGGUUAAUGAGCCCGUUGACAUAAAGGAGAUGGAACCGGUUAUGAAAGGAGUGUAUGUUCGAGUUCAUGGCCAACUUAAAGGAUUACAAGGGAAACAGCACUUGAUGGUCUUUGGUAUCAAGCCUGUGACUGAUUUUGAUGAAAUCACACAUCACUUUGUGGAAUGCAUAUAUGUCCAUUGUUAUAACACAAGGUUAAUGAAACAACAAGCUGGUACUAGUAAUCAAACUCAUAUGCCAGGCUCUGCUGUUAACACACACGCCUAUCAAACCGCAACAUCAAAUCAAUUCACUGGUCCUUAUGGUGCUGCGGAUGGGCUCAAUGGAAUCGAUAAAAUGGUGUUAGAUUAUUUGAUACAGCCGGCUAGUGUAGCAAUGCAACAUGGGGUACACCUAGAAGAACUUGUUAAGCAACUGGGCAUCCCUUUGGACAAGAUAGUGGCUGCACUUAACACUUUGGUAGAUGAGUCACUGGUUUACAAUACGGUCGAUGAUUAUCACUUCAAGACAACUAUCAAUGUUUGAUAUCUGUUUCGUCACUCUAGCAUUGCUUCUGAACAUUUCCCUUAUAAGCUAGAAUUUUUUUAUUUGACCCAUUUGAGAUGCAACACAACCUAAAUCUGUUUAUUGGUAGUACUUUUUAUAACUUUUAUAAAAUGUGUGAUUAUGCAAA